AUAGAUGAGAAAAAACUGUGGAUUGCACAGAGAGCUGCAAUGUUGUUAAAUUGCGUCCAACUUACGUCACACAGCCUAAACCGCAACUCAGAGGCUUCCCUGCUCAAUCUGAAUAUUUGGCCUGGGUUUACGGCGAUGUAUCAGCCUAAAACAAUGGACAAACCCAAUGUUACUAAAUAUGAUCAUUCAUGGGGAGUAAAUACAACUGUUGGAAGUGUCAGCAUGGAAUACACACAGUACGAUGAAUAUCACACGAUGCAGUUUAUUGUAAAGUACAUACCCCCUAUAUUGAUAAUAAUUGGACUUUUUGGAAAUAUUAUGACAAUAUUUGUGUUAGCAAGAUCAAGACUAAAGUACACAUCAUGCUCAAGAUACCUCAUCCUCUUAUCUGCCUCAGACUCGAUCAUCUUGCUCAUUGGUCUCGGCCAUUUCUGGCUGACGUUUGCAUUCCAAACAGAUAUCCGCAAUUUAUACCCGUGGAUGUGUAAAGUACAACCGUUUUUGCUCUACAGUGCUAACCAUUUUUCAGUAUGGCUAUUGGUGUCAGUGACAGUGGAAAGGGUUGUGACAAUAUAUAUGCCUCUUAGGGCAAAGACUAUUAUCACAAAAAAGAAGGUUUGGGGUAUAAUCGCAGUCAUCGGGAGCUGCGCUGUUUUAGUCAACGUCCAUACGCUAGUCACGUAUGAUCUCGUGUCAGUCAACGUUCCUGAAGGCGAGGUGGUAAUUUGUUUGUGCCCUGCUAGAUAUUGUCACUUUGCAAGAUAUGUGGCAGUGUGGAUUGACGCCAUAUUUGCGUCAUAUCUCCCAUUUACCAUCCUGAUAAUAUCUAACAUCUUUAUCAUUAAGGAAAUCACGAAAACAUCAACGAAAAAGAAGAGAUUAGCUCGCGGAUCUUCGCGGAGAUCAAUAAAAGCGAACGAUGACCAAACGAGGUCGUUAACCAUCAUGCUUUUGGCUAUCAGUGUAAUUUUUCUUCUCCUUACAAGUCCAGUUACAGUAUUUUUAGGAGGAUACGAUCAUUUCCAGCGACAAGUAAACAAUGACCCCAAGCGUAAAUUACAAUUCCAAAUAACUAAUGUGAUCGUCCAUAUGAUUUGGUACUUAAAUAGUUCUGUAAAUUUCCUCAUGUACUGCGUGAGCGGAAGUAGAUUCAGGCAAGAGUUGUUCGUGCUAGUUUGCCGCAGAAAACGCAGACGACAUUACGACUUCCGGGAAGAUUCCAUUGAUAACAGCUACAGAUACAAUGACGAUCCUGUAGAAAGUGACCAAUCGUUAGUAAAAACUAACGCUGAACACAUCCGGGCAUCGAAUGUUUUGGGGAAAAAUUACCAAUCAAGCGCCAUCACUACUGAAAAUAGCUGCGAGCAGAGUCAAACAAGGGGAUCACUUAUUCAAAUGAAUCAACGAAAUUAAUCAUAUUCGAAUUAUCUUUAAGCUCAAUUUAAAAGAUUGAAACGCAAGGACCCAUGAUAAGGAAGAAUAUAUUAUUCAGAGACAGCAGAAAAUGUAGUAUCUAGACAUAUUUUAAAUUAAAAGUAUGGGGCAAGGAGCCACAUUUGGAAAGAUAUAAAAAAACUGUAAAAACAUGUACAUGUACUGUUUGAACCUAUAAAGACAUUAGAAAAUAAAAAUAUGGGUCAAGGAUCCACAUUUGAAAAGUACAAUGUAGUGCUUGAACCUAUUUCAGACAUUAGAAAAUAUAUUUCAAAUUAAAGGUAUGGACCAAGCAGUCAAGAAUCCAUAUUAGAAACACAACAGAAGAAUUUCAUGUUUUAGCUAAAUAUAUUGGUUUUCGUGUCCGUCAAUUAUCUUCAUUU